UGUUUUUUUCCUGGAUUAAAAGAUAUUUUGAAUUAUUGUUGUAUAAUUGAUGUUUUUCUUUUUCAGAUUGAAUGUUUGGAAUGUUGUGGCAAGUAUUUGUAUGUAGGUAUAAGAGACAGUUUUGUUAUUCAGUAUACACUAGAAGAAGUUCAGGAUGGAGAGGGGAGAACUUUAUUUUCUUACACGAAGCAGCGGCAGAGAUAUCUGGGAUAUAAAAAACCAGUAGUUCAGAUAAAAGCUUCUUCAGCACUAAAUAGGGUGAUUUGUUUAUGUGAUGGCAACCUGGUGUUCACAGACAUGUCAGAUCUAGAGCCUCAGAACUAUCCAUCGAAGGUGAAAUCAGUGUCUUGUUUUUGCUUGAAUGAGAACCCUGGUGGCAAUAAUCCGUUUGUUAUUGAACUUUGUGUUGCUAGAAAACGACAACUUCAGUUGUAUGGCUUGACCGAAGACAAGCUGUCUCAUAUUAAAGACAUUACCUUACCUGAAACAGCAUUAACUAUAGCAAUGGAUGGUCAGUACGUGUGUGCAGCUCUCAGUUCCCAGUAUGUGAUAGCUGAUUGUUGGAACAGUUUCAGCCAGCAUCUUUUCCCAUAUGAGAGUGACUUAACAACACCACUUGUAAAGCGAAUCACCAGGGACUUGCUAAGGUUAUAUUGCCUUUAUUACUGUACCUCGCCAGUUCUAAUGCUUCAGCUACUUUCUUGUCUGCAAGAAGGGCUUGAACCUAUAAAAAAUAAACGACACUCAUUGGACUCAAUUAUUGACUCCCCUUCAAUUUGGCAAGUCCUGAUAAAACGUAAAAUCAAGUUUUCUGUACGUCUAAUUAUCACCUUUAACGAGACUCAGUUUCAAAAGACAUUCCUCAAAAUUCAACAGCAGGCUGGGUUUAUCCAGUUGUCCCUCUUUAUGUUUGAAGAGGCUAAAGAACUGUUUCUAAAAGGGUUACUGGAUAUUCGAGAGCUGAUAAGUAUUUAUCCCAGUCUGCUUCCUGCAUCAUCUGACUUUGUUCGAUGCGUUCCUCCUCUACAUGACAUUGCAGAUGUUGAGCAGCUGUGUCAGAAUUCUCCAGGAAAACUAGAAGAGUGUAAAAUUUUCUUGAUGACUUUCCUAGAAGAAAUCCAAAGUAAACCUGGAAUUGGUUUCAAGUUGGAAGUGGACACUGCUUUGCUGAAACUCUAUGCUGAAUUGAAUAAAGAGAAGUUGAUCAUUCUUGUCAGCAGUGGAGACAAUGGAUGUGACCCUGCAGAAGGAGCAGAUUAUCUCUUUAAUCACCAACACUACCACGGGUUGGCAUUAUUUCACAAGACUCGGGGAGAUCUGGAAAAGGCCCUACAAACUUGGAGCAAACUUGUUGCAGGUGAAUAUACAGACAGCUGCUUUCCGGGACUUGAAUAUCUUGUCCAAAUUCUAGCUUGCCUUCAAGACCAUAAACUAGUUUGGAAAUAUGCAGACUUUGUGAUGGAGAGGGACCAAAAUCUUGCUAUAAAGAUAUUUACAGAGAGGCCCAGUAAUGAUCCACCAACAGAACGUAUGCGUCCUGAUGUAGUUGUUGACUUUCUCCAUCGGUAUCCUGUUGCUCUCGUCCUCUUUCUGGAAUACUUAGUGUUUCAAAGAAAAUUAGAGAAAGAGAAAUACCAUACUCACUUAGCUGUUCUAUACCUUGAAAAUAUUUUGAGGUUAAGAAAAAGUCAAAGUAUUGAUCCUAUAAAGGUCACUGAUGCCAGGAAGAAGUUACAACAUCUACUUCAUUUUUCAUCUGCCUAUCGUGUGCAACUCCUCUUAGGAAAAGCUCUGGAGAAUAAUCUUCAUGCUGAAUGUGCAAUUUUAUAUGGAAAGCUUGAAGAACAUGAAAAAGCUCUUCGUAUUUUAGUGCACAAGCUAGAGGAUUAUACCGGAGCUGAGAAUUAUUGUCUGCGGCUAUCAGAAGGUAAAGAGAGAAAGACACGACAUAGGCUUUUCCACACACUUUUGGGAGUGUAUCUUGACCCUGACUUAGAUGAAAAACAUAGAGAAGAAUUGUUAGCCCCAGCAGUUCAACUGUUAAACAGUGAAGAGGCAGAGUUUGAUGCUGUAAAGGUCCUCCAGCUCAUACCUGAACAGUGGUCAGUAGCUAUUGUUGACCAGUUCUUGAAUAAGGCCCUAAGAACUUCUCUCCACAGACUUUGUACCACCAGAAUUGAAAGUGCUCUUGCUCGUGGAGAAAACUUGCAGACUCGCUUCUCCAAGAUCCACAUAGAACAGGAUGUUUUGGUGUUGACAGAUGAUAGGGUGUGUGGAGUGUGUAAACGUCCUUUCACUGAAGCAGCAUUUGCUUGGUAUCCCAACAACAUCAUCAUUCACCCACAGUGUGCGAAAAACUCACUGAUGUGUCCAGUUACGGGCAAUGUCUUUGGUUGUACAGACUUGAAACCAAGGUGACAGAAACUUUGUUAAGUUUGUGGGUCCUGUGUUUCGUAAUGAACUGACUUAGAACUAAGUAACAUCAAUUCGAGUUAGAAGCUCGGGAAUUUCAACACCCUUUUCCAGCAACCUUACUUUAAUCUCAGCUGAAUGAACUUAAAUCACAUUAAAUAUGUGAGUUUUGUUUGGUUAUUGCUUAGCUUGGGUGACAACAUUUGGAAGUGUGGGAACUAAGGUUACUGUUCGAUUAUUGUUAUGAUCACAUUAUAGGUCCUCAACUGAUCAAAACUUUUUUUAUUAGCUAAUAAUGGUUUCUGUAAAAACUCUUAGAACUUUUGAUAAAUUUGUAGACUUCACAUGAUGGAGCUUGAUUUCCCAGUGAAUUUGUACAUUUUUCUGUUUUGUUAAAUUGGAUCGAACAUGUAUCUAUGAUGGGUUAUGUAGUUUGAAAGGAAUGCCAUUUGAGACGUCUUUCAUAAAUGAAAAAAUCAUCAUGGCUGCUGUUGAACUAACUAAUCAUGUAAUAAGCCAUGUUAUGCAGUUUCAAAAUCACAACUUUAAUGUUUCUAGCAUUGUUAAUGAAUUCUUUUAGACCAGGUGAAAGGUCUAACUCGUACAUUUUGUUGACAUUAACACAAAAUUUUAAACACAGGAAGUUGCAAGUGCUAGAAGUCAUUGCAUGGGAAUGUUCGAAUUGUCUUCAGCUAUUGCAGGGUAAUUAUCAGAUCCCUUGUUAUGGUUCACAAACCUAGACAUACUUCUGUUCAAGAGAAUAUAAUAGAGGUAUAUUAUAAUUAUUUAUAAAGGUGUAUGUCUAUUCACACUCAGCUUCUCCUAAGAAAUUAUAAAUAACAAUAAAUGACCUUAUUAAUAAAAUCUAUCAUGCACUUGAUUCUCUGUACAUUUUUUUAAGUUACUGUAACUGUUUACUGUUGUUUCAGAGGCUGAUAAGACUGACAGGAAUUGUAUCUUAUAAUUGACUCAAAGAACGUAGGAGAAGCGAUCAAUAUGUUUAGUUGGAAUUUUUAACUGUUGUAAUAGUUUUAUGGCUGAUAGUAAACACUUUAGUUACAAAGUUUAAUAUGAGAGACUUGCAAUAUGUUUGAGAUGCUAAAAAAACACGAAAGAGAAUUCACAAACGCUGCCCCUAUUAAACUUCAUCAUUACAUUUAUGUUUACCUUAGAAAUACUACUACUUUUACCUUAGCAGUAGUUUGUGGUAAUAUCUUUGCUUGAGCUUCAGUUCGUGGUAUUAUCCUUACUUUAGUAGCAAUACAUGCUAUUACCUUUACCUUAGCAACAGUGUACAGGUGUCCAAAAAGUCUGUAACCACAGGCACUUCAAUGAAUUUUAUAAAAUGUGUACCACAUGCUGUUCUUCUAAUUCUAAACAAGUUUGGAUUAACAGCAGGAUUAACUUGACCUUCACAUGCUUUAACAGCGCCAUAAUAAGUCACAUAUCUGAAAUUAGGAAAAGCUGCAAAUCACCUAUGGUUACAGACUUUUCAGACACCCUGUAGAGAAUAACUUGAUAAUUGUGUUGGUGAAAUCCUGUUUGAUUUGUUAUUCUCUCAGGUUUUUAUGAACCACAUUUAUAAGUGAUCCAAACGUCAGUAUAUUACAAAUCCUGUAACAGUCUUUAUCUUGUUUUCUAUAUAAUUUUAUUGAAUAUACAGAAAAAUGACAAAUAUAUUAAUUUGAAAAGGAGAUAUUUAUUCACUUCCAGAAAUUGCUUUAAAGUAGAAAGAGGAAGUAUUUUGUGUUUGUUCAUUAAAUUAAUUCUCCCAUUUGAUUUAUAAAGAAGCUCUUAGAAUAGAGAUAGUGGAACUUAUUUGAAGAAGAGCACUGAUGAUGUUGACAGGGAUAAAUAUUUCGUGAUACAUAAUAAAAAAUGUAAAAGAU